AUGCAAGAAAAGCCGAGCACGGUGGCCGCCUAUGCGGCUGGGGCCUCGCUCGCCGCGGUCGCUCUGUUUUAUGUUUUCGGUCCCAACUACACUAUCGAUGGAGACGAGUCCAGCGACAGCAACCGCAAAAAGAGCAUUGUGGGCUUGUCAAACCUGGCCAAUGACUGCUUCAUCAAUUCGGUGCUGCAGGCCCUAGCAGGUCUGGGAGACCUCCGAGUGUACCUGAUCCGCGAGCUCCAUCGGCGCGAACUGAAUGGACCAGAGAUCUACAACGCGGUGCCGAGCCCGGAUGAACUCUCGCGCGCGGAGCGGCCGGACAAAUUGCGGGAAUUGCAGCAGGGAAUAAUAACACGGGCAUUGAAGGAGAUGCUGGACCAGUUGAACGAGCGCCCGAUUUAUAAGAAGACCAUUACGGCGCACGGGUUCAUUCAAGCCCUGGAGUUCGCGUUCCGUACGCGCAUCAGUCGCAACCAGCAAGACGCGCAGGAGUUUCUCCAGAUUGUUCUGGAACGGCUCUGCGACGAGUACCACGCUGGAGUUCGCGCCCGGCAGCGCGCACUGGGCCCCAUUGCCACGCCUGCUGGUUCUGGCGCGGUGGUGCCUGAGGCCAGCGCGGCCGAGAAUGCGGCCGAGGUUGAGGUGCGAAUCGAUGAUGGAACCCCCAAUGGUUUACCUGCCAUUAUCGAUAACAAGCUGAAGGAGAUUGACACUGAAGCCGGGUUUCCGUUCGAGGGCAAGCUGGAAUCGCAGAUUGUGUGCCAGCAUUGCCACUAUCAAUAUAAGCCAAACCAAACCGCCUUUGUCAACAUCACACUUCAGGUGCCACAGAAGAGCUCCACUACACUCAAUUCAUGCUUCGAUGGCCUUUUGAAAACCGAGUAUAUCGACGAUUUCCGAUGUGAUCGGUGCCGUUUGCAACAUGCCGUGGAUCUCAAGACGCAGGAGAAAUCCAGAGCGGAGUCAAAAAGUGAAAAGGAACGAUUCGACCUCGAAAUUGCACGCAUUCGGGAGGCAUUGGAGACGGACCCCGAGAGUGAGCUGGAAGGAAUUGUGAUGCCACCAUCAGAACUUUCCCCGAAGCGAAAGAUUGCGCGGCACAUGCGCAUCGUAUCCUUCCCAAAAGUUAUUGCGAUUCACCUCUCCCGGUCGAUCUAUGACCGCAACAGCUCCACUAAGAAUGCGGCGAAGGUAUCAUUUCCGGAACAGCUGCCUCUGGGAGGGAUCUUGAAUCAGAAAUGGUACAAGCUGCUGGCGAUUGUCUGUCAUAAGGGCAGUCACCACAGUGGUCACUAUGAAUCUUUCCGUCGCAAUCAUCUCUAUGCUCCAUUUUCGACGCCCGAGGCCUUCAGUUCCUACGCACAGAGCCGGGUUGCUAGCGAGAAUCCCUCGGCGGCUCCGAGUCCGCGACUGGCUGCGCGUAGUAUCCCCGAUGGCGAUAUAGGAGGAGAAAGCGGCAGCAUAUCAGCGACGACCUCGUCCACCUCCCUAUCAACUGUAUCUCCGGGAGCCUCGCAGCUCACGCCUCCCAUGCCACGUCCCGCGACCUCCAGCUCGCGAUCCUCGACGCCUCAGCCAACUUCUGGCUCGGAAGGCAACAACAGCCCAACUCUCGAGCAAGGGUGGUUCAGCACAUCGUCUGCCCCGCGCCCAUCGCGGACUAUCCCUCGGUCGUCAGGCGAUAUCCCCUCAGGGGUUAGUUCGCGGCUGCGACGCCGGCGCAAGCCCAAUGAUCGCUGGUGGCGGAUUUCGGAUGAGAAAGUUAAAGAAUGCAAAACCUCGGACGUGCUGGGCAUGCAAAAGGAGGUGUACCUUCUGUUUUACGAGAGGGAGCGGGCGGAUUAA